AUAUUCGGAUUUUUGCUCACCGUCGACUCAUCGUUUUCUGCUUUGAUCGGCCAUUUGGGGGAAAUCAAAUAGCAAAAUUAGGGUUAACAAAAUUUUCAAUUCACGGGGAAAGUACCCAAAACAUGAGGCUUGUAUGGUGUUGGGCACCCGCAAUUUUUGCUGCCGUUCUUUUCUGCAGCGCCGUCUCCUCGGAUCAGAUCAUCCCAGCUCAUACAGGUGGUACCUUUGGUCGAAGCUCUCGGGAACCCAAGUUCAGAAUUGAUUUUCAUCUGGAAGACUCACCUUACCAUCCUGAUCAUGACCAAGAAUCUAUUGUUAUGCCCAACAAAAAUGGAGAGAAAUUUCUCUGUUUUUUACCCAAAGUGGAGAAAUCCAAGAGCGGGAAGGUAGUGUCUCCGCAGAAUAUAAGCAGCAUGAUUGUUGAGUCUGAGACACGUGUGAAAUUGAAGACGCCGGAUGAACUAUUGGAAGUGUUGAAAGAUAGGUGCUUUAUCAGGCAAGAGGGAUGGUGGUCGUAUGAGUUCUGUUAUCAAAAUAAAUUGCGACAAAUUCAUGUGGAGGAUGAGAAGGUGGUUCAAGAAUUUGUAUUGGGAUUUUAUGAUGCUGAUGCUACCGAGGCUUACCAUCAGAAUCGAUCUGAUAUGUCCACGUUGAAGGAUCCUCGAUCUAAAGAUGCAUCUCAGAGGUAUCAUGCUCAUAUUUUUACAAAUGGAACUCUCUGUGAUUUAACAAAUGAGCCCCGAGAAACAGAGGUCAGAUUUGUGUGCUCUGAACCCCGAGCUAUGAUAAGCUCAAUAACCGAGCUGUCGACUUGUAAAUAUGCACUUACAUUCCAAUGUCCGACUCUUUGCAAGCACCCAUUGUUCCAAGAAGAAAGACCCGUGUGGCAUACAAUCCACUGCAAUGCUCUUCCCAAAGACGAAGCGAAGGUGGAUUCGCCUGAAGAAGGAAAGAUAACACUGGUGACUGAUGACGGGUAUUCUCAGCAGGCAGAGGAACACGCGACGUGAGUCAAAAUUAAGGCUAUCGAUUCUCGGAAAGAUGCAUUGUUAUGACGUACGGAUGUUUGUUAUCUAAUCGCAGUUUUUUGUUUUGGUUAACUAGAGAUUUAAUAUAAUCUAUAGGUUUUUUCAUAGCUCUUUUGCUAUAUGUAAUGCUAAUUAUAGCCGUGAAGUAUGGUACUUUUACUGUUAGAUUAAUAGUUUCAAAUUUUCUGCCA